AUGAAGUUCGCCGUCAUCGCCUCUCUUAUCGCCAGCGCUGCUGCUUUCGCUCCAUCCAAGAGUGCUGCCCCAGCCUCUGCUCUUAGCAUGAGCUACGAAAACGAGAUUGGAGCCCAAGUUCCCCUUGGAUUCUUCGAUCCCUUCGGCGUUGUCUCUGAUGUCGACCAAGAGACCUUCGACCGUCUUCGAUACACUGAGAUCAAGCACGGACGUAUUGCCAUGCUUGGAGUUGUCGGAUACUUGGUCUCCGAGGCCGGACUUCGUCUUCCAGGAGACAUUGACCUCUCCGGAACCAAGUUCGCUGACAUCCCAUGCGGAUUCGAUGCCCUUGGAGCCAUCCCUGAUGCCGGACUUGCCCAAUUGAUGGCUUUCAUUGGAUUCUUGGAGAUCGCCGUCAUGAAAGACAUUGAAGGAACCGGAAACGAACACAUCGGUGACUUCCGCAACGGAUUCAUUGACUUCGGAUGGAACCAAUUCGAUGAUGCCACCAAGGUUGCCAAGCGCGCCGUUGAGAUCAACCAGGGACGUGCCGCCCAAAUGGGACUUCUUGGUCUUAUGGUUCACGAGAAGCUUGGUGUCUCCCUUCUCCCCGCCUCUGCCGUUCAUUAA